GAGAACGAUUUCUGUCUCUCUGUCUUCCUGGUCUUCCACUCCUUUUUGGAAUAUGGGGGAUAAAGACUAUUGAAUCUCCUUCUUUCUCAUUUCUUUUCCUCCUAAUCUGGUUGAACCCACUUUCUGACAAAGAUCUUGUUUGCCCAUAUGUUCUCAAAUUCCAAUAAUCAAUCCCUUUAAAGAGCUGCUCAUCACUACCAAUAGAAUCAAAAUCAAAGCUCAGUCUUUUAGUUUUCGACUUUGCCAUCUUCCAAUGUUCAUGAUCACAAUCAUGGAAAUUGUAACAUAACAAAACUCCCAGUUCAACAGACAUCUUGAGGAUAAAGGUUGGCCAAGAUUGAGCAGAAACAUUAAACUUGAUGAAUCAUGAGGAGUAGAAAUUCAAGGAUUCGAGCUCCAUUAUAUGCGUUCUUCAUUCUGGUUGUAUGUCUGCUACUAGCAGAAAGAGUUUGGGGAGAUGCAAGAACGGAGACAGUCAAAAUCAUAUGUGGAGAUCUACUUGAGCAAAAUUCAUCAAUCUUUGUUCCAAAUUAUGUGAUUUCAAUGGAAAGUCUCAAUCAACAAAUACGCAAUUCAAAUUUUGCAGUAGUAACUACAAAUGCACAGGAUGCACCAAACGGCCACUAUGGCUUUAUACAAUGCUAUGGAGAUCUCAAUACGGCUGAUUGCAUAUCCUGCUUUGCCCAGGCAAGAUCACUGUCUUCCCAAUGCUACCCUUUCACGACUGGUCGCGUUUACCUUGACGGCUGCUACCUGAGAUCAGACAAUUAUAGCUUCUUUCAGGAGUACCAGACGUCUGAUGAUGCGGUUGUAUGUGACAAUACAACAAGGAUGGGUUCAAAUUUUGAAGCCUCGGCAAGGCAGGCUGUUAUGCGAGCAGAGGCAGAUGCUCCCAAUAAUGGAGGCUAUGCACGCGUUGAUUUGGCAGCUGCCGGCAAUGACUAUGCCUAUGUGUUGGCGGAGUGCUGGAAGACAUUGAACGAUAGUUCUUGCAAAGCUUGCUUGGAGAAUGCAACUGCAGGUAUAGGAGGGUGCUUGCCAUGGUCUGAGGGGCGAGUGCUAAACGCUGGGUGCUUCAUGAGGUACUCAAAUAGAGAUUUCUUCAACAGCAUACCUGCAAGCAAAAGAUCAAAAGUGAAGAUAAUAAUAAUAGCGGUUUCAGUAAGCGUUUCCCUGCUGUUGUUGGUGGUCGGAGUGAUUGUAGGAGUCUAUAUACGCAAGCGAAGAUACAUUCAGAAGAAAAGAAGAGGUUAUGAUGCUAGAAAGUUGGUCAAAACCCUUCACAACAAGAAAUUGGAUUUCAAGUACUCUACAUUGGAGAAGGCUACAGGAUAUUUUGACAAUGUCAAUAAGCUUGGGCAAGGAGGAUUUGGAACAGUUUAUAAGGGUCUUCUGCCUGAUGGAAGAGAGAUUGCUGUGAAACGACUCUUUCUCAAUAACAGACAGAGAGCAUCAGAGUUCUACAAUGAAGUCAACAUUAUAAGUGGUGUAGAACACAAAAAUUUGGUUAAGUUAUUGGGGUGUAGUUGUUCUGGACCUGAAAGUCUUCUUGUCUAUGAGUUUCUCCCUAACAAGAGCCUCGACAAUUUCAUCUUUGAUUCAUUAAAAGGUAAAGAACUUGAUUGGGGGAAACGAUAUAAGAUUAUUAUUGGGACUGCCGAAGGUCUAGUUUACCUUCAUGAAAACUCCAAGAUCAGGAUCAUUCAUAGAGAUAUCAAAGCUAGCAAUAUAUUGCUGGACUCGAGGCUCCACGCUAAAAUUGCCGAUUUUGGAUUGGCCAGGACUUUCCAGGAAGAUAAAAGUCAUAUUAGCACAGCCAUUGCUGGAACACUAGGAUACAUGGCUCCCGAAUAUGUAACCCAUGGUAAGCUAACAGAGAAGGCAGAUGUAUAUAGUUUUGGUGUGCUUUUGUUGGAAAUGGUUACUGGAAGGCAGAACAACAGGAGCAACUUCUCAGAAGACACGGAAAGUACUCUUAUAACAGAAGUAUGGAAGCAUUUUCAAGCAGGGACUGUGGAGGAACUGUAUGAUCCCAAUCUAAAGCUUCAAAAUUACCAUGAUGGCAAUGUAAAGAUUCAGAUCCUGAGAGUUGUGCAUAUAGCACUUUUAUGCACCCAAGAAAAUCCAUUGCUGCGACUAACAAUGUCAAAGGCACUACAGAUGCUUAUAACAGAAGAAAUACUUCCUGCACCCACUAGUCCCCCUUUUAUGAGUGAACGAUCCUUGGACCUUAAUGACAUAUGUGAAGACCCAUCAGACCCCUUCAAUACAGGUAGCUCUGCAACAACUGCUAGCAUGUCCAACAGUUCGUUCUAUCCUAGAUGAUAUCCAGAGGAGAGGGAAAAAAACAAGUUCUGCAUUUGAAAUGCAUAAAGGUUGUAGAUAAGUAGAAGCAUUGAGGAUCUCAGACCAGAAUGUGGCCUCAUCCAGCGGUGCAACUGGUGUGCCAUCUGCUGUUUAGUUCAAAUCCUUCCGUGUAGUCAUUGUAUGCUAGUUAUACAAUGCAGACUUGCAUCUAAUGUCAUUGUACAUAUGGUAGUGGGGAUACUUAUGCUAAAUUUUCUAACCUAAUCAUUAUAGUAUACGAGUGCACAACUCUAUAAUCUUAAAGGACUGAUAUAUUUUAAACUUAUUCCUAUGUGUCA